AUGGAGGAGUAUGCAAGAGAGCCAUGUCCAUGGAGAAUCGUGGACGAUUGCGGCGGUGCAUUUUCAAUGGGUGCUGUCGGUGGAGGAAUUUUUUAUAGCUUCAAGGGUAUUCGCAAUGCCCCUUCGGGUCUUCAAAGAAGGCUAAUCGGUGGCCUAGCGGCAAUUAAAGAGCGUGCGCCGAUUGUUGGAGGUAAGAGACAUUCUUGAUA